AUGGCCUAUGAAGGCGAAGAGAAUAAUGAUCAAUUCAAUGUCAACCAAGAUGCAUUCUUCACGGACAGACAAUAUCAUCAAACAGGUCAAGCACAAACCAGUAAAAAUAAUAAGCAAAGUAAGGCAUUUUAUGUAUGUGGCAAAGAAGAAUGUUGUUCAUGGAAGCAUACCAAUGAUGAGCGCGAAAGAUCUAGGGCAAAGUUUCGAACUUCACUUAAAGAAAAGUUACGGUCUCGAUUUUUUGACAGCAAUUGCUUCAAAAAACAAUAUCAUCAAUAUAUAGUUGACUGUGAAGAUGAUGAUGAAUUAUACAUAGAUAGCGACGAGUUUGAAGACGCCUUUGAAGCUUCGGAGUUUGAAAUACAAGGUGAUAACAACAAUGCUCGAGAAAUAGACGCAACAGACGUCUUCUUGACUUCAUUUGGCGACUUCAGUUGCACUGCUACUAGAUCUACAAUGUCAGAAAUGGCAGCAGAUUUAUCAAACAGAUACUCUAUUCACGCUCUCACUACCACUAAAAAUAUUGUGCUUAGCUCCUCUAAAGCUGAUCCCUUUGCCUAUACAACAUCUCCUCUUUGUUAA